UCUCACUCAGUUCGCUGAGGCCCAAGAGGAAAGAGAGAGCAUUGCACUCAAACCAAACUCACUCAGUCCUGGUUCUCGCAUCGCCUCAAUCCUCUUCCCAUCUCUCCCCCUUUCCUUAACUCCAAAUCAAAAUAGAUGGUGAAAACCCAGCACAUCUGGCCGGGCGCUCUGCAGCAAUAGAUCGCAUCGAGCUGGAAUCGAGCCUGGUCAUGUCAGCGUCCGAGAGCUGCUAGAGAUUCGGUGUGUUUUCUUGCUUUGGCUUUCACAACGGCUGCCGAGGGAGGACCGAGCGUCUGUCUGGGCUCUCCAACGAGCAGAGAAGAUGGCCGCCAUUAAGAUUUUAACCAGCGCGGGGCUUUUCUUGGCGUUUUCAGCUCUGGUCUUGUUGGCUAUGGCCAUCUGCACCGAUUAUUGGUACGAGACGGAUGCUCGGCGGCACCGCGAACGCUGUAAGAACUACGCAAACAAGCGGAACGAUCCCGGAUACAUUUACAUCUCAAAUCACAACCUGCCACUCCAGAUGCCUCCAAAGGGUUAUGAGAGGAAAGCGAUGGAGGCGCGCGUUAAGCGGCACGCUCCGGCAUCGGCGACAGCCAUGGAGUCUCACUGCAGCCGCCAGUUCAACUCCACGAUCUCCGGUCUGUGGAGAAAGUGUCAUCGAGAGGGCUUUGACCUGGAGACCGAGGAUCUCAUUUACAAAGGUUUGAUUCAGAGAUGCACCCCUGUAAAGUAUCAUUACACCUCUUCAAUCCUGCCUCGAAACCUUCCCGUCAAUAUCACCAAGACCAUCCGACAAGAUGAGUGGCAUGCUCUGCAUCUGCGGAGGAUGACAGCAGGUUUUGUGGGCAUGGCUGUCUCUAUCAUUCUUUUUGGCUGGAUCAUCGGAGUUCUUGGAUGCUGUCAACAACAUGAUCUCAUGCAGUAUGUAGCUGGACUACUCUUCCUCAUGGGCGGAACCUGCUGUAUCAUCUCCCUUUGUACAUGUGUGGCGGGCAUUAACUUUGAGCUGUCCCGUUACCCACGUUACCUUUACGGCCUUCCAGAGGACAUCAGUCAUGGGUAUGGUUGGUCCAUGUUCUGUGCCUGGGGCGGACUGGGUCUCACCCUGCUGGCCGGUUUCUUAUGUACGCUGGCCCCUUCCUUAAGCAGCCCCUUGGCCCGCACCACAGUCCACAAGUCCAGGCACGAAAAUGGGACUGUGUGAGCAGAGACUACUGGAGAAACGUUGCAGCAACAUUUUCACAUGUAUACAGCGUCUACGUAAGAACAAAGCACCUGGCCUAUUCAUCACCAUGCGUUAUAUUGACCGGAUCCUUUUCAUAUGACUUGCGGGCUCUUGUUGAUCACCGAUGUCAACACAACUUGUGUACACCAUCCAUUUGAUUAAAAGGUUAAAAUCUGUAAAUGGUCUGGACACCACCGAGAGUCAAGAUGGAGACACAUGCACAGACCACCGAGCAUCUUCCACCCCCUCACUUGUCUCACUCUGGUCUUUUGUGACACACACACACAAAAACCAGUGAAAUUUUUCACUGCUCUGCUUCAUGACAGAGAAGCGAGCUGUAGGCGACUGUCUUCUUUCCAAGAGGAUUCAUAAUAAAAUGGUGCUCUCUUUUCAAUGUCACAGCUGCACAGAAAUCUUUUCAAAGACAUCAAGAGAACAAAUGGAUCCACAGGUUUUUGGAGGAGUUUAAGCCCAGAAUGAAGUGGGGAGCAACAGAAAGGAGAGAGAAAAGUAUUUCUGUCCUUCAAGCUUUGAAAAGCACAUUUCCUAAGGCCUCAAAGAGUCUGUACGUGUAAAAAUACUUCAUUUUGUCUAGAUUUCAGGUCUACCUUUGUAUGAAAUUACGCUUACGGAUACAAACGGAGACUUUUCUCUCUUCGUUAUAUGAUUGUAACGAUCGGUGACCUGGCUUGGUCUGUGGUAUUGCUGUUUUGAGGAAUCUGACCAAAUUUACUACUUAAUGGCAUGUGAACCUAAUUUGUUUUCAAAAAUGUUUGUGGAGGUUAUUUCUGAACGUCAUUUCUCAUGAAGCCUUAUUGCUGUUAUAAGCACAACAUGCUUAGAAUCAGUUAAACAGGAGCUCUGCACCUUCCAACCACAACUGAAUGUUGUUGAAUAGUAAAGCUCUUGCACAUGCAAGUUGAGGAUUUCUAAGGGAUUCAGUGUUAUGUUUAGUCACAAAAAGUGAUAUAUGGGGUCUAAAUACCGAAAGCAUAAUGUACAGAAUUUAAAUCAAGAUGAUGGAUUGCAGGAGUGGGGUUUUUAGUUUGCUGCAAUAGCUACAUGACACACGACAAGAUAUUAAUGUUUACAUCAUGUUUGUAUGACCAACUCCAACCAAACAAUAUUUUAAACAACCCCUACAGGCUUUAAUAUAGUAAUAAUAUGGUAAUGUCUUUUUUAAGAGUGAGUGUGUCUCCACAUUAUCAUGAAUAAUUCAUAUUGAUUCUUCUCGCACCAAUGGAUAUUAUUUAUUGAGGACACUACUGUGAGAAGCACAGUUAUCAUAAAUCAUUUAACAAUGCCGCACAUGUCUUUGUCAAAUACAUUCAUAGUCUCAUAGACCUCCACAAAAUCCAGAUCAAUUCCUGAGAGUAACGUACUGAUGUUGGUAUUCACAGUGGGGAUAGGUAAAUGCAAUAGUUAACGUGAGACGACAAAUACUGUGGUAUUCUGUAUUCUGAGUGCGUAUUUUGGGAAAUUGGAAUGUUUUUGUAAAUGACAAUAUUUGAGGGAAACAAAGGAGUCCAGUCCUUUUUAUGGUUGUGCUUUAAUGCUAUACGGCUGAUUGGCACAAACAUAAAAUGAACAAAGCCAAAAGAACAAAUCUCUUUAGGUAGAUAGGAAAGUGUUUUAUUGAGUGUGACCUUUCUGAUGAACUGCAGAUCAUGUAUUGACUGGAAACAAAGUGGCAAAGAAGUAAUAAAUGGCACUUAGAAAAUGUGAGAAUGUGAAUGUUUUGGAGAGGAUACACUGUAAAAGAGCACAAGAACAAUGUGUAAAAAAAAGCUUCUCAAAUAAAAGCAGCUUCAGGUGUUUUGUCACUUCUGGGGAGAUAUGAAAGACAUUUGUACAAAUGCUGCCAUUUUCUUUGGCAGCGGAAGUAGCACCACUUUUUUAUUUAUUUUUGGGAAUGAACUGUUUUACUGGUUCAUUUCAUAAGGAGAAAACAGGUGUCAUUGUCUCGCAUGCCGUCAUAUUGAUUAAUUUCAGUGUAUUUAGAUUGUGUCAAUUUUUUAAAAUGACUUUUAUUUUAUGAAAUAAAAUGUUAGUAGCAUUUUA